AUGUCUUCAAUGAAAGCUCUUAUCACCCAAGGCGACGGUGUUGUCUCCGUUGAAUCCACCAGAAUCCCGGUACCCGGCCCCGGAGAAGUCCUCGUCAAAGUGCACUACUCCGCUCUCAACCCCACCGACUGGAAGUCCGUUAAAGGCUCUCCGCCCAUCGCCCCACCCGCCCCGGCCGGUCUCAUCGUCGGCGCCGACUUCGCCGGGACAAUUGAGGAUCCCAACGGCUCUGCUUGGCGUAAGGGUCAGCGCGUCGCCGGCUUUGUGCAGGGCACUAGCCAAAAUGGAACUCCUGCGAACCCGAUCCGCGGCGGGUACGCAGAGUACAUACCCGUCGAAGCGAGUUUGUUGUUCGAAAUUCCCGACAAUGUGGAACUGAAGAGCGCUGCGACUGUCGGUCUUGCUCUGGGGACAGCAGUACAAGCUCUGUAUCAACGCCUUGGCCUCCCUGAGCCGGGAUCAGGGAAAGGAGGAGAGUGGGUGCUCAUUUACGGUGGCGCGACUAGCGUUGGAAACUAUGCCAUUCAGUUGGCAAAGUUGAGCGGUUUGAAAGUCAUCACCACUGCCUCGCCCAAGAAUCAUCAGUUCUUGAAGGAUCUGGGAGCGGAUGCCGUGAUCGAUUACCAUGGGGAGUGGGUUGACGAAGCCAAGAGAGUCACAGGCGGGAAGCUGAAGCGCGCCUUCGACACUGUGUCAGAGCACGGCUCAACAUUGAAGAUCGCGCAGGCACUUGAGGGGAGUGAAGGAGAUCACGUUCUUACUCUCAUUCCUGUCAUGCCGCCCGCAAAGGAAGAGAUCAAAGCUGUGAACCCGUGGGCGAAGAUUGAGUGGACGAUUGUUUACACAGUGUUUGAGAGGGCUCUCCCAUUCCGGUUUGAUAACUGUGGAGACGAGACACCUGAGGAUAAGAAAGUGUGGGAGAAGUAUCUGAAGCUACUGCCUCAGCUUCUGGGCAAUGGGGACCUGAAAACGAGUAAGGUGAGGGAGCUUGGCGGCUUGGAGACUGUGGUUGAGGGCUUCAAGCUCUCUGAAGAAGGUAAGGUCUCUAAUGAGAAGCUGGUAUUUAAAGUUUUGUAG